CGGUGUCUUCACUGCUAAACGCAAUCAGGAAGCUUGUUAUUUUUAUAAAUUCAGGUGAAAAAUUAGAAGCAUGCUAGGAAACUCUUGAUAAACAGGAUUAUAGCCAUCCUUGGUAGGAUCUUGGAAAUUGCCUGGAUUUAAGGCCAGUAACUACUGUGUGAAUCACUCUCCAACCAGGUAAAACAUGAGGUUGGCUUUGAUUUUUAAAGAUUAUACCAACUUUAGCUGUAAAAGUGAUUUAAACAAACUGUUCGUUAUUACCAGACUUAUAAUUUGAGCGUGAGGCACUCCAGCUCGUAGGGGAAGCAGAUGGCCUAGCACUCGGCCACGCCCAGGUAAUGCUGCCUUCCGGGCUUUGUGCCUUCACGCACGUGUCGACAUGCCAACUCCGCCACUAGGUGGCGUUGAGCCCCUCGCAAGCCGGGACCUGGGGGCGGGUGCGCGUGGGUAUGACGUCACUGUGCGCGCCGCAUCUUGUUGCCGGGCAGCUAUGGCGACUCUGGAGUCCUCGGUGGAUGAUCCAUUGCAGAACUUUGUGCGAGUUUUGGAGAAGAGAGAUGGCACAGCGUUACGACUGCAGCAGUAUGGCUCCGGCGGCGUGGGUUGUGUAGUUUGGGAUGCUGCCAUUGUCCUUUCUAAAUACCUGGAAACGCCCGAGUUUUCUGGUGAUGAGGCCCACACGCUGAGCCGGCGGUCCGUGCUGGAGCUGGGCUCUGGCACCGGUGCCGUGGGGCUCAUGGCCGCUACCCUCGGGGCAGAUGUUGUAGUUACCGAUCUUGAGGAAUUGCAAGACUUGCUGAAGAUGAAUAUUAAUAUGAACAAGCAUCUUGUCACUGGUUCUAUUCACGCCAAGGUACUGAAAUGGGGGGAAGAAAUAGAAGACUUUCCUUCUCCACCAGACUACAUUCUAAUGGCUGACUGCAUAUACUACGAAGAGUCUUUGGAGCCAUUGUUGAAAACUCUAAAAGAUCUCAGUGGAUCUGAGACUUGUAUUAUAUGUUGUUAUGAACAACGAACGAUGGGAAAAAAUCCAGAAAUUGAGAAAAAAUAUUUUGAGCUCCUUCAACUGGACUUUGACUUUGAAAAAAUUCCUUUGGAAAAACAUGAUGAAGAAUAUCGAAGCGAAGAUAUUCAUAUUUUGUACAUCAGAAAGAAAAAAUCGAAAUUUUCAUCGUGAAAUCUUUAGUCAUCUUACCCAAGCCUCUAACAACUUGGGUAAGCUAAAGAUGUGAAUGGAGCAUCUGAAAAUAGCAUGGGAAGAUUGUGUUCACAGAUUUUUCCAGCAUGUCCUUGGAGAUCUGAUAUAUAGACAACAACCAUCAUGGGCUGCCUGCAAUACGGAAAAUGACUACCUGCCUGCCAAUAGGCCUGAAGUCCAACUUAGAUUACUUUUAGCUCAGCAUCAAGGACUACUUAAAAAAAAUUAUGUAUUUGUUAAUCUUCAAAUAAAAAUAGGUAUUAAGAUUAGCUUAAAGUCUGCCAAAAUUAAUUCAAACCAGUAAAUUUUUGUUUAUUUUCAAGAAAGGUAAAUUUAAAGGCAGGUUUUUAUAUGUAUCCUUCACUUCCUUACUUUUAAGAGAGCCUUCAUACUCAAAUGUUCUUUUAUGUUAAAAAAAAAAAAAAAAACCCUGAAAAUGUUUUGUAUAUUUAAUUUGCCAAAGUCUUAUUUUUUCCUCCACUAUACAUGUCAAUACUAUACAUGUGAGUUAGACAGUAAAUUAUACUGUAGUGAGUUGGUAAGAAUGAAAGUUAAGAAAUCAGGAGAUUGGGAGGAGGAAAGCUAUCUUUACAAAAGUUUUCAUUUGAGAAUGAAGUGAGAAUAAAAAGCCCAUUUUCAGGUUCAUGCACUUUUCCUCAUACCAGUCUUCAAGGAAAAUGUGGCCAAAACCACUGGUGUUAACUUGUUUACGUGAAACAGAAAGAUUUUAAAUAACUACUAGUGUAGUUCUAUAUACAUUUAGUGAAUGAUUUUGAGACUGUAGUGUCUGUUUUAUGUUAUGACAAUCAUCUCACAGAUCUAUCAAGAACUUAAGUUCCAAAGAGUAAUAUUAACUGGUAGAAUUCUGGCAUUGGUGCUAGGUGACACAUUUUAUGUCUUAAAAUAAACAUUAUUUUUGAGA